AUGGAGUCCACGAUGGAAUCUCCGUCGCUACAACCAGAGUCGCCGAUGGAGCAGGAGGACAUGCCCUACCCUUGUAUGGGUUGUGGAGAGAUCCUGGAGGAAGGAAAAGCUUUUGAACUUUCUGGACAACGAUGGCAUAUCGAUUGUUUCCGAUGCAGCACUUGCAACACCCUCCUCGACUCCGAUGCCCACCUCCUCCUACUUGGCGAUGGCUCGUUAAUCUGUAGCGGCUGUACCUACAGCUGCAACUCAUGUGGAAACAAAAUUGAAGAUUUGGCCAUUCUAACUGGUGAUCAAGCGUUUUGUGCUCAGUGUUUCCGAUGCCGCAACUGCAAGAGAAAGAUCGAAAACCUCCGCUAUGCCCGAACAUCCCAAGGAAUAUUUUGCAUGGACUGCCAUGAGUCUUUAAUGCAACGCAGGCGGAAGAAAAAAGCUACGGCGGCCAAUAAAAGGCCGGGGGGACCGGGGGUCAAGCUGGACAAGUCGUUGCCUUCGCUGCCACCCAACUUUGAGGACACCCGGUCCCUGGAAGAAACACCGAGCGAAGGAUAUGUGGAGGCAGCAGCAGAUAUGAUGCCUGGCAAGGACGCGGAUGGAGCUCAAUCCGAAGCCUCUCUUUCUCGCCCAACUACUGCGCAAGAUAACUUGAUUCUCCCUUCUAGCACCUAUCGAAGCAGUCGUCUCCUGAGUUCGCAGCGUGAUAAUGAACCCGCAGACGCCGGUGGGGAAUUGCUAAUACCCCUCGCCUUUGACCCCUCCGAGAGCCAACGCUCCUCGCGGAGACAAUCACAGGCUAUACAGGAGCUGCCUCGCGAUUACUUCAACCACAUCCGAUCCGGUGAUUCUUCGGUUAGGGCUUCCCGUGACGGCAUCGAACCUCUUUCCCACACGUCCACCGACAACUCAUCUGCUCAUAUUGCGUAUCAGGAGAAGGGCUGGGAGCGCACGGAGACCGAUUCCGCUCGACGUGAUUUGGACGGAGUUAAUGGCACAGGGGCCAAACCACCUACGGGUGUUGAUUACAACAGACUUGGAAAGACCGAGUCUGCUCGCAGCUCGAGGUCAGAUUUGCCAUUGGCUCUAAGAGAAACCAGUGCUUUCUCAGGUGCGACAAGCCCCGUAAGCACUCGUUCGAAGGACGAUGUCUCGCGGCACACCCCUCUGGACAGUAUUGCCCCGGCGCGUCCCUCUGGUGAAUUGCGCAGACUCCAUGAACAUGGCUCAGGAGAAUCUGCCCGGUCUCAGCCUCCAUCUAGCCAAUUGGCUCACCUACCCAAGCGGGGUGAUUCCCUUGAAAGCAAGACUUAUCAAGUGCCACGGAAGGACAUUGGAGCUUCUCCCAGUUCCUCCACAUACGGUUCGCCCAAAUUGCCCGAGAUUGGUACAGAGCAAACGAAGCAGAACAUCACUUCAGGCAAUACAUCGCUCUCUGACACUCGGCGGCCCUUGGACAGCGCUGGAUCGCCGUCCCUACCUCAGUAUACCAGUAAUAGUGAUUUCUCUCAGGAUGAGGACCUGGCACGAUUCAUUGGCGGUGACAUGAGCGACUCUUUCUUGCGCUUCCGCACCACCUCAAAUGCCUCUAACCGUCAUAACCGGAGUAUGAGCGACAAGAGUGCGCGGACCAGCAAGGAUAUCAAGAAUGCUUACCCCGCCAAUGGAGGCGAUAUUGGUAGUCCCUCCGCUGGUACUACCCAGUCCGAAGAAUUGGCCUGGCUGCGCGGUGAGCUGCGCAAGGAACGUCAGCGUAUUGCUGAGAUGGAGAGCGCCCUUCGUGCCACCGCAGAUGUGAAGCAAGUCAACACUGAGCUCUCGGAGAAACGGUCAACCAUGGUUGUCCUGGAUGCGCAAAGAGAGAUUGUUCUGCGUGAGCUCACCGUGCUCACCGAUCACAUCGAAUCAGAGAAGCGUGGUGGCUCUGAUGCACCAUUAGAUCUUGGGAAGCUUUCGAACCACGUUCUGCGGGAACUUGCGGAGUCGAUUCACAAGCUGAAGGCUUCCUAUACCCCGCAGAUCGAGGAGCUUAUUCAAAAGCGCAACGAUCUUAAUGAGGAACUCGUUGAAAUCAACCGCAGCAAGGAGAAGGCCUUUCAGGAGUUCGAGCAGCUGUCUUCCAAGAAUGCUCAAUUGGCGGAGCUCAACAACCAAUUGGUACACCAGAUCCAGGAGCUCUACAAAACCAACCAUGACCACCGUGGUCCGAAUGGCCUCGGUAUUUCACACAACAAGGACAGGUCUAUCACCUCUCUAGAGGGAAUGAAGCCUGGAAGUACCCACGAGAUUGCCACGUCGAUCUCGACUGCUCACAUGCAUGAGGACGGUGAGCCCGCUACUGCUACCGUCGUGCCCGGACCACAGGUUGUCAGUAUUCGCAAGGGCCAGCCUCGCAAGUUCAACUGGAAGAAGGGUGGCCAGAACGUGGCGAAGGGUGUCAAGGGUCUCAAGGGUGCGUUUAUGGGUAAUGAUGAGCCCGGCGGUCUGCCCCGUUCUCAAACUCAAGAUCCCAGUCGUCAGGGCUUUGGUUUCUUUGGAAAUCAGAGAAGACCAACAGGUAAAAUGUCCCAGGCAGACAGUGUGCCAGCACUCUCUGAAGCCGUGGGUAGUCUUUUCGGUGUAGACCUGGAGGCUCGCAUGGAACACGAGAAGAGCAUCAUUCCUGCCAUCGUCACUCGAUGCAUUCAGGAAGUUGAAUUGCGAGGUAUGGAUAUGGAAGGUAUCUAUCGCAAAUCUGGUGCUGCAUCUGCUAUCCAAGGUAUCCGCGAGGGCUUUGAACGCAAUCCUUUUGAUUACGAUAUUUCGGACCCAGAUCUCGAUAUCCACGCUGUCACUUCCGCCCUGAAGCAGUAUUUCCGCAAACUACCUAACCCCCUGAUCACAUACGAAGUCUACGAGCUGAUCAUUGAAUCUGGAGAAAUCACUGACGCUUCUACCCGGAUUGAUGUCCUGGUGAAGGGUCUGCGAGAGCUUCCCCGUGCCCACCGUGAUGUCCUCGAGUUCCUCAUGUUCCACUUGCAGCGUGUCGUUGAGCGCCAGGAUGAGAACUUGAUGACGUGCCAAAACAUUGCCGUCGUUUUUGCCCCGACCAUCAUGAGGCCCGAGAGCUUAGCCCGGGAGAUGACGGAUGUGCAGAAAAAGAAUGAUGUUCUCAAAUUCAUGCUUGAGAACCUUAAUGACAUAUUUGUGGGCAUGUCCAGUGGCUAG